AUGGGGGUCAACAUUCGCGAUGCUGGAUCGCUACCUGGCUCUUCCCAACCGCAGAUUAAAAGCGCUCCUGGUCGAGAUGGCAGAUUACAGUCGAUAGACCUCAACCUGCUCGACGCUCGUGACCUUUUCAACGGACUGCUCGAGAUCAAGCCUUCUUUAAGCCACUACCUCGCACCGAACUCGGAUAUUGUUCACUCCCCCGAUUUCGAGUUGGGGGUAGUCAAGGUUCACGGGGGCCAAGCGAAGCGGCUUAGCCGUGCCGAGCGCUCGGCCCUCCAGCUGUUUCUUCGCCGCUCGACAACUGCCACCUGCGAAGAAGAGGAGGCGGCGAAACUUGGUUUUGCCGACAGAAUCCUCAAGCGGCGGAAGGUGGAAGCCGAACCCAGUGCGUACAUCUUGCUCCAUGCGAUUCCACCUACGUCGAACAUCGUUGAGCGCCUGUUUAGUGUUGCCCGUAUGGUUCUACGCUACGAGAGGAACCGCCUUACCCCUCUGGUACUCGAGAUGAUCUUGUUUCUUAAGGUCAACAGUUUGUAUUGGGACGUGACUACAGUUGAUGCCUGUGUCUAG